AUGGGAGUUCUAAGACGCUUGAUAUUAUUUUUACGAAGAUUCAAAGAAUAAAGGGAAGGCAAAUUUUUUAAGUCUCUGAUAUCUGCAAUUUCAUUUUCUUCUAAAGUUAAUUCCCUUAAUUUAGGGCAGUCCUAAAUACCCUUUAAGUCCUUCAAUUUGUUUAUAUUCAUAUUUAAAAACUCAAGUUUAGGAUGUCCUCCAAAUUCUUCUGCACUUGCUAUUUCGUUUUCUGAUACAUCCAAUUUUCUUAAUUCAGGAAGUUUGAGCUUUUCUAGCUUAGUUAACUUGUUACCAGAUACAUUCAAAAAUUGGAGGUAUUUGAGAGCAGAUUCAUCGAAAGCUGGGUUAAAUUGCUAAAGUGAAGUUAUCUAAUUUUUUGAGCAAUUUAAACUAAGCAAAAAAGGUAGUUAAGUAACCAAACUGAUAUCAGAUAUUUAAUUUCCCGAUAAAUCGAGAUAACGUAAAUGGCGAUAAUUAAGCAAAGGAUUGAACAAUUUUUCAAUUUCUUUUUCUGCUAAAUUCAAUUUAAUAUAUGCGUAUGAUCCAUUGUUUUAUAUUUUAGAAAUAUUUGAUAGAUUUUCUUUGAUAUCCUGA